UUCCACUGCCAAAACUUACACUCGCCAAAGCCCUGAGACACUGUGCACAUUGCAGAGGCACCGAAGCGUAUUUUGACACGCUUGUAGGAUACUUCGCUUCGUGAAAUCCCUCGGGCUCCGUGUGACAAUGGAGGCAUAUUUACGGAGCUGUCACGAUGUGCUUAAGGGUUGUAGUAAGAACAGCCCUGGGCUGCAUAUCGUAAUGGGGAAUGAGGCUUGUGAUAUGGACUCCAUGGUGUCAGCACUGACCUUCGCCUACUUUCUUUCAAAGACUCUGGACUCUAAGAGGGUACCAGUGCCAGUACUCAAUAUCCCACGGGCUGAGUUCCCCUUGCGUUCUGACAGUAUAUUUAUGCUGAGAGAGACCGGUUUAUCCCAGGAAUACCUGUUGUUCAGGGAUGAGGUGGACCUCUACAGCCUACACGAGGCUAAACAGCUCACACUGACGCUGGUUGACCACAACAUUUUGCCCAGUGCUGACAGUAAGUUGGAAGAGGCUGUUGUGGAAGUGAUUGACCAUCACCUCCUAGAGAGGCCCCCAUCUCGCUCCUGUCCUGUAACCGUGGAGACCGUGGGCUCCUGUGCCACCUUGGUGACAGAGCGCAUUGCCCAGAAAGCACCUGAGGUGCUUGAUCAACAGGUGGCUCAGCUUUUAUAUGGUGCCAUUAUCUUAGACUGUGUAAACAUGGCACCCGAGGCAGGUAAAGUCACCCCUAAGGACAGCCAGUACGUCGUCUUUUUGGAGAAGCGUUUUCCAAAGCUGCCUCCAAGGGGCGCUCUAUUUCAGUCUCUACAGAAUGCCAAGUUUGAUGUGUCAGGCCUCUCGACUGAGCAGAUGCUGUUGAAAGACAUGAAAGCGGCAUCCGGUGGGGAUCUGAGACUGGCUGUUAGUGUAAUUUACAUGACACUAGAGGCUUUUCUACAGAGACGUGGCCUACAGCAAGACCUAUGUGAAUUCUGCCACAAUCACAACUAUAACCUGGUGGUUGCCAUGACAAUCUCUUUCAGUGACAACAAAGAGCCCUUCCGACAGCUAGCCGUCUACAGUUCCAGCACUGUCUACAGGGAAGAGAUGAGUAAAGCACUAGAAAAGGCCAGAAAUCCGAGUCUGGAUCUUCGGCCAAUGAGCAGUCCAUAUUCAGAUGUAAAGGCCUAUGUACAGGGUAACACACUGGCAUCACGCAAGAAGGUAUUGCCUAUAAUCUCAGACUUCUUGAAGGAAAAAGAGAGGAAAUUGGCUCAAAGUGGGAACAUUGAGGACCUUGAUCUGGACGAUGAUUGCAAUCAGAACCAGAGUGACUCGCAGCAAUGUGCUGAGGAUGCUGGAAUUGAGGAUGAUACCCAAGUCCCUCCAACGCCAAUGAACAGUCUGGUGGAGGGCUGUCCCUUGGACAGUGGCCUGCCAAAAAUCAAUCCCGAGGUGUUGGUGGAGAAAGUUAGCAGGAUGGCUAGCAUGGAGGACCAGUCUCCUGAAGGACAAUGAUGGAAGAUCUAUUGUCCCACAGAAUCCUUCAUUACAGCUGGAGAAGGCCAGUCCUUCUCCUUCCAGAGGAUGCAAUGCAUAUACAGAGGCGCACAAGGGCAAGAAAAUAAAAUACCACUUUUUUUGAUCUGGUAAACUGACAAAGGUACGAUAUGGUUGAAAGAGACCUUUCUGAUGAUUUUCUAAGUAUUGGUGCACAUAGAUUGAAAUGGAACAUGCAUCAGAUUAUUCAUAAAGGUAUUUAAAGUUAGGAUAUUUCAGGUUUUGGCUGAUUAUUGAUUGGUCCAGUUUUACUCAUAUUUUGAUUUUCUUAAGUAACCAAAAGUCUGAAAGAUUUUGACUUUGACUUCCCCUUUGUCCAGAUCAGCUCUAUGUAUAUCUUAUCAAGUUCUACAAGUGACAGCAUGCAUCCACUUCAAACCUGUGACUCACAAUUGAUAAAUUUAACUCUUUCAAAAUGAAUUUCUGGUGUGUGCUAUUGUGGUACAAGUAGUUAAAUGGAUGCUGGCUUUUGAUGCCUCAAACCUUUGUCUGUAUUAAUCUUUGUAGUAUUAAGUACCUUCAUUUUUGACUUAAGUAUUUUCACUGAUCUGAAACAAGUUUUCAACACAUUUCAAGUUUGUCCUCAGUUUGUCAUCACCCAGUGAAGUGUCUUAACGUCACAAAUCAAUGCAACAUUACAUCACCUGCCUUCAAGUAGUUAAUAACAUUAGUGGCUUAGUUUUAAGUAAAGACUGAAGCAAAGUUUUGAAGCAAUGUUCUGCGUGGCAUAUUGUUGAUUCACACGGUUUGUAAAUUUGAUCGGGGAUCGUGUUUACAGUAAAACAUUUAUAGACAAUCAGGUCAAAGGGUUAAAAUGCAGAAAUGUGAAGCUCUUAUUUUUAUCAAAGCAUUUUUAUGAACUCUUCAGUAAAAACAGUUUAUUUGAGUGGUGAAGUCAUCUUUUUGAGAUGGGAUUACUUUUCUAGGUGGAAAAACCUCUCCUCGUAUUUUAUCCGUAUGACCGUUUUGCUGCCGAUACGAAGUGAAAAGUAACCAGGUUUAAUUUUUUAGCUGGUAAUAAUGUGAGUUAUACUUCUAAAACAGUCUAAUAGUUACAUACAAUAUUUUUAACAUUUUUGUUGUGGUGCUGCAUGCUUGCCUGCUUGGCUUCCAUUGUAAGUGUAUCCUGGAAACACAUUUCCUGUUCAUUAGUGUGAGACACUAUUUAAGUUUGUUUAUAUAUAUAUAUAUAUAUAUAUACAUAUACAUACAUACACAUAUACAUAUACAUACAUACACUGGCGGCCAAAAGUUUGGAAUAAUGUACAGAUUGUUAUGUUUCGUAAGGAAAUUGGUACUUUAAUUCACCAAAGUGGCAUUCAACUGAUCACAAAGUAUACUCAGGACAUUACUGAUGUAAAAAACUGCACCAUCACUAUUUUAAAAAAGUCAUUUUUGAUAAAAUCUAGACAGGCCCCAUUUCCAGCAGCCAUCACUCCAACACCUUAUCCUUGAGUAAUCAUGCUAAAUUGCUAAUUUGGUAUUAUAUCAAACAGUUGAAAGCUAUUUGGUUCGUUAAAUGAAGCUUAACAUUGUCUUUGUGUUUGAGUUGCCACAGUAUGCAAUACUGGCACGUCUUAAUAUCAAUAUUAGGUCAAAAAUGGCAAAAAAGAAACAACUUUCUCUAGAAACUCGUCAGUCAAUCAUUGUUUUGAGGAAUGAAGGCUAUACAAUGCUUGAAAUUGCCAAAAAACUGAAGAUGUCAUACAAAGGUGUACACUACAGUCUUCACAGACAAAGGACAACUGGCUCUAACAAAGACAGAAAGAGAUGUGGAAGGCCAGAUGUACAACUAAACAAGAGGAUAAGUACAUCAGAGUCUCUAGUUUGAGAAAUAGACGCCUCACAUGUCCUCAGCUGACAGUUUCAUUGAAUUCUACCCGCUCAGCACCAAUUUCAUGUACAACAGUAAAGAGAAGACUCAGGGGUGCAGGCCUUAUGGGAAGAAUUGGAAUGAAAAAGCCACUUUUGAAACGGAAAAAGAAAAUUGUUAGAGUGGGCAAAGAAACAGACUUUGGACAACAGAUAAUUGGAAAAGAGUGUUAUGGAUCUUAACACCAUUGAGCUUUUGUGGGAUCAGCUAGACUGUAAGGUGCAUGAAAAGUGCCCAACAAGACAGCCACGUGAGGUGAAAUGUCACCUGAGUAUCCAGCUGUCAUUGCUGCACAUGGAGGAUUUUUUGAUGAGAACCCUUUGAAGUAGUUUAAGAGGUUCUGAACAUUGUUUUUCAAAUUGUAAUAGUAAUUUUUCACGUUAUUAAUGUCCUGACUAUACAUUGUGAUCAGUUGAAUGCCACUUUGGUGAAUAAAAGUACCAAUUUCUUUCCAUAAGAUCAAAAUCUGUAUAUUAUUCCAAACUUUUGGCCACCUGUGUGUGUGUGUGUGUGUGUAACUUUAAUAUUUUGUUACUUUUUAUGAUGUCAUCUUGAUUUUAAUUUUGUUCAGUAUUUGAUUUAGGAUUUGACUUCAUUAUGGAGGUGUGUGUGUGUGUGUGUGUGUGUAUAUAUAUAUAUAUAUAUAUAUAUAUAUAUAUAUAUAUAUAUAUAUAUAUACAUACACACACAUACACACAUAUAUAUAAUCAAAACAUGCAACUGUAUUUUUAAUUUGUUCAAUGGGCUGCAGCUUAUUAACAAUAAUUACCAGCGUGAUAAUAUGAUCAUUUAAGAUCAGUCAUAAGAAAAAGCAUCACAUAUACCUUUUUUUUAUUUUUUUUUAUUAAUAAUUAAAAAGGUUAAGUCAUAACAUAAGGAAUUUUAAAUUAGGUCUAACUGGAUGAAGCAUGUGUACUGGCAUAUUAUUGGGCCAUUAUAUAAAGGUGUUUUUGUCAUGGAAGCAAAACAACUAAUAUAAUUGUGGCUUAACAGAAAAAAAAAAUAGAACUUUAGUUUCAUACUCACUUUGAUAUCGGUCUCUCGUUUUGGACUUGUAACAUAUGAUGUAAGAUUGUGUGUUGGUAUUUUGAGGUCUUAAAAGUGUUGCGUACCCAAUGUUAAUUAACCCUGACAGAUAGUUUGGUGACAUUUGACAUGGUGAAAACAGAGAGGUUUGCUGCAUGCAUGCCUCAGGAAAACUAAUAGCACAUUUUUAGUUUAAAAUGAUUCAGCCAGACUCUAUACCACCAAUAAAAUAAAAUAUCAGUGCAUAUUGAAUGAAUUGUUGAUCGAAUGUCCAUGUAUUAAUGUGCUGUUAUGGUUGUAAGGAAAUUUAAGAGAGCAUACCCUGUGUCACUUGUAUUUUAUCUACAAGGCCUUUUUUAUUUUAAAGGAAUAGUUCACCCAAAAAUGAAAAUGAUCUCAUUGUUUACUCACUCUAAUGCCAUCCCAGAUGUGUAUGACUUUCUUUCUUCUGCAGAACAGAAGAAUACCUCCGCUCUGUAGGUCCUCAGAAUGCAAGUGAAUGGCGGCCAAAACUUUGAAGGUCCAGCAUAUGACUCCAGUGCAAAUCCAUAUCUUCUGAAGCAAUAUGGUAUGCAAUAUGUGUGUGGGUGAGAAACAGAUCAAUAUUUAAGUCCUUUUUACUGAAAAUCUACACUUCCACAUUCAGCCAUCUACUGGUUGAGGCUUGUCAAAUGUGGAGAUUUAUAAUAAAAAAAAUGUAUAUAAAUAUUUAUUGAUCUGUUUCUCAAUCUUACCUAUCAUAUUGCUUCCGAAGACAUGGAUUACUUUUAUGCUGCCUUUUUGUCCAUUUUGGAUCAUCUCAUUUCUGGUCACCAUUCAAAUUGUGAGGACCUACAGAGCUGAAAUAUUCUUCUAAAAAUCUUCAUUUGUGUUCUGCAGAACAUAGUCAUUCACAUCUGGGAUGGCAUGAGAGUGAGUAAAUGAUGAGAGAAUAUAAAUAUUUGGGUGUACUAUCCAUUUAAGUCUCAAACUUUGUACUGUGACUUAAAUAUAAAUAAAAACAUUGUCAGAUUGUUCCAUA